ACACUAGAACACCCUCCUACGAUGACAGACUCACCCUACCAGCGCAUCCCGCUGGAUCCGAAAGAACAACCGAUCCUCGACCGCAUCCUCAUCAUCCGCGACCACCUCUCCCUCCUCAAAUCCGAUCGCAGCACAUAUAUCAAGAGCGCAGACGUCGUCAAGUACUAUGCGCAACUGGUGGAGCAGGUUGAACUGCUGAACAAGAUACGAGUAAACAAGCGCGAUGAACAGAAUCGCGUGGACACAGUACUGGACGACUGCUUUCGGCUUAUCUCGCUCUUCUUCCUCACGAUUGGCCGCAACCGCGAAGCACCGGCAAUUUACUCAUGUGUCGCAACGGUGGAUAGAUUACUCAAUCACUUGAAAGAGGCUGGGUUCUAUCUUCCCAGCGAUUUGACCAGCAUCAGCGACCACCUUGAUAAGUGGGAGAAGACCAUUGAGCGGGAUAGGAACCAGCACUCUGAGGAUCUUCUCACCCUGCUCAAGGCACGGAUUGAUCUCUGCAAGGCGACACUGAAAGAUCUGCGGGCGCCGCUGAGCAAGAUGGACAAGGAUACGAUGCGCACAUACGAGAAGCUGGUGUCGAUUUUGCGGUCGCUUUCAGCGUGCAACACUCGGUCGAAGUUCCCAUCGAAGGAAGUCAAAGAGUACGAAGACCAACUACACGAGAUCCAAACCGAGCUUCACGCCGAUGCCCCGACUCACGAAGGCAAGAGUGCAGAAGACGUGUACGCUGAAAGACUGGCUUUGAUCCAGCUCGCCGACAAUGUGGAGGAAGAUGGGACGACUGUGGCAAAGUCUCUGCUCGCGAGAUGUCUUCUGUGGGCAGAAAUCAUCCAGACGAGAAACGGCCAAGUCGAAGAACGAUUCAGGGAGCUAUUUGAAAAGCUUCUAAAGAUCAAGAAUGCCCUCGAACACAUGAACCUCACUCAAGCAUGGUCACUCCGAGAAACAGACUUGUACGACUUCCAACGCCAGCUCGAUCGCAUCGACGACUCACGUGUGGGCGGCCAAUUUGUCGAUGCCGAAGGUAAGGGCGGCGAUCUCCACGCCCAGCGAACGCUUCUAUACCUGCUGCGCAAAGGCUACGCCUUCAUCUACACGUACAUGAUCUCUUCCGAGCCCGUGUCGGAAGCCCUCCUCCCAAUCUACAACCAGCUGCAGACUCUGAAGAGAUGCCUCGAGGAAGUCAAGCGCUCUGGUGGAGUCGACAGCCCGCGCGAGCUCUACCCUUACAGCAUGAAGCUUACCUCCAUCGACAACAUGCGCAAGGACGGGAAGUUCAUGGUUGGCGAGGACGUACCGGAGGGACAGGGAAGCGUUACUGCUCUGCUGUCCGAGUGCUUCGAAUUGGCUUAUGAGUUGAGGAAUGAUGCGGAUGAGAAGUCGGACCCUGCUGGUGGUCCGCUAACAUGA